CCACACGACAGGCUACAGAUGUUUAUGUGUGAACGCAGUUUGCCCAUGCGCCGCGUCCUCCUGCUCUGCCAGGAAAACACAGACUACUGCAGCCAAUAAAAUAAACAUUAGUCAGUAGACUCUGUAGAAAGCUUUGCAAGAGAGGAGCUGGUGGGCAACAGGGGAAACUAAUCCCACUAAAAUGAUAAAGUUUCCACAUUUUUCUGCGGUUGUAAUUGGUGUGAACGGCUAUAUUUUAUUGUCCUUUUUUUUUUUUUUACUACGGUGGCUUUAUAGGUCAUAAACAGAAUGUGUGCAGUCUUUAUAUUUGGGCUGUUGCUCCGGCGGUGUUGACAGCAUGCCUUGCUUUACCCCUGAGUGUGCUGGUGCAUUAUAUGAGCAGAGCUUUUUUGCAUAUUGGUGCUAGUCUUGGAUAUGGUUUUAGCUGAGGCUGUUCAGAGGUUAAUUUUCUUUGGAAGAGAUUGUGAUUUCAUGAUCCAUCCAUGAGUUCAAGGAUGGAUCAGGGUUUGGCAGUGCUGGAGGAGGGAGUUAGAGGCGAGUGAAAUCCACAUUUGGUUUACACCCAAAAAAACUUGAUGAUGUCUUGGACUAAACCUUAAGGAAAUGCAUGGCAUGUCAGGAAUUGAAGGCGUCAGGCCUAUUUAGUUUCAUCGUCAUGGGCCAAUCAUACAUGUUCAUCAAUCACACAGUCGGUCCACUGGUCUAAGUAGUGGUCCGGCAGUCAGACAUUCCAUAUAUGCUGUACAUUUCCUCCCAGCAACAACUCAACCCUAUAAGGAACUGGGGGAAGCAGACUUAAACUUACCCCUAAAUACAGUCUGCUUUUGCUCGGGAUGUUGGCAGCACUUUUUUUUAAAUAGACCUUCCACAUUUUCCUCAAGGGAAGCCAAUACUCAGCGGCAGCUCAGACCAACGUAAACACCCUGUUCUUAUCUCCUUGGCUUCCUCAUUUGAAGAAAUCAUGAAGCCCUCCUUUCCUGUGUGGAAGCAUUGCCUAUAUCCUGGUUGAGAGGCUGUCAUCCAAACUGUAAAUCCUUUUGCAUGUGUUGAAACCAUGGUGGCGAAAGUUCAAGCGCCACCCCUCCAAAUUUCCACCUGUGAAAUUGGUUUUGGGUGCCUGCUUAAGGGUUUGCCUGAUGGUUUAUGGGUGGAAAACGUUCCAAACGGAUGCCUCAUCGUUUGUGAAAAUGUUCCUACAGUCAUUGUGCCGUGUAGUUUCUUUUGAUGUCUUUUUGUGAUGUGAACAAGAUAGUAUCCAUUUCCGCCACAUUAAAGGCUUACCCUCCGGUCUGCUGGAAAUCCUCAAACAUUCACGUGCACUAGGGGUCAAGCAGAGUGACAUUGCUAAAAGAUUCAGUGUGCUGGGAAGGCAUCAACAAAAGUUGUGGACUCACGCACACAAACUGUGUGUGAGGCCACACACACCCACCCUCUGCUGCCGUCAGCGCUCUCAGGGCUUUUCAUAUUUUAUCGACCAUUACGGAUGCAUGAACUGCUCUCUCAGGAUUAGAGGGAGUGCGAGGCAGAGUUGGUGAGCGACGGUCGGCCUUUUAUCGCUUCAGCCCUGCUGCUGACUGGCAGCUCAAAUGCCUCCUCAUUAGAAUAGGGACAGAGAGGGGAAAAAGGAGAUGAGGUCUGUAAAGCUGCUUAAAUUCAACUAUCUGGAUUUUUUGAUGGGAUUAUCAUCAUGUAGUAUUUUGCAGUAGAGUAGUUACAGUGUCUGACGGACAAAACUCGGGGAGACUGUGGGAGAGAAGCUGCUGUUCCUCCCCUUUACUGGAAGUCCACACACUGAGCCUGUGUCAAAUGGCACCAUUGUAUUUGUGCCAGUGACACACUUUCUGGGCUUAUGAUGUGUAAGCAUAUCUUUUUUUUUUUAACAGUGCCUCAGUUCAAUGCUGUAUUACUGGAGGCUAUUUAGAAAAAACGUUGGUCACGUCACAGGGCUGUCCCUAUCUGAGUUGCUAUAACUGUCCCAGAAGAGCAUUCCAGACAUUACCCAGAAGCCCUCUGUCCUCUCUGCUGCAGCUGUUGACCUCUCACCCAGGCAAGAUUAAUAGCUUAACAAUGCACAAUAUGGAGCGCCCCGGUCGGCUUGCUGACAUUGAUGGACAUAUUCAAACCUUGGUGCAAUGCAUGAGAAGCCAAACAAUAGCGAGCUGACAAACACCUCUCCCGCUGAACUGCUGAGCUAACCAGUGAGUUUUGUUGUUAGCACAAGUGCGUAUGGAAGCGCAGCCGUGGGUCAGUGUUUUUGUUUUUAAUGUGCAAAAGUUGCCACUUUCACCGCUCAGAAGAGCUAGAUUAUCCAGCAUCAGUGUAAGUGUACUGCACUAAUGGAGACGGUCUAUCCCAUCCAUAGGACAGCUUUCAAAGGUGUUUAAAAGAAUGUGGAGUCUCUGGGAAGGCCAGCAUCCCUUCCCUCUAGAGAGUCAUUGUAUUGAACUCUGAGGUUGUACUCGUGCCAAAAGUUUUUUUUCCACACAUAUAAUAACAUGUCUUUCGUUAGACUAAGAGCUUGCGACUCUGGCACGACCCUCCCAUAUGAAAUAAGAACAAGAUUUGACACGGCAGGGUAGCGUUUUUAGGUCCGAGGGAAAGGGAUGCCAAGUAUUGGAUUUCGUUCCGAGGCCCUGUUAAUAUGUGGGAAUUUUGGGGCCUGUGGAAUGUGGCAUGGCCGACUUUCUUCUUAUUCCCAGUAUUAAUAGCGUAGUUAUCCCAGUGAUCCGGUCUGUUUGAUGAGCCGAGAUGUGACUCGUGGAGAUGCGCCUCUUGGCCAGUGGAAAAGUGGGUCAGCAGUGGGUCUGUGCUUCUGAUGUUAUGGUCUCUCUACUUGAUACAACCUCCUUCCUGAGCCACCAUUAACAUCUUUAUUGUUGAGGUCCCACACAGCAACAUGUGGAUGACCUAUACUGAGUACUGCUGAAAAAAAGAAAUGAAAUGCACUUCUUAAAAACAACACAGAAGAGUGUCUCACAAACAGCUUUUUACCACACCAGGCCUCCUAAAUGUUUCCCGGCAAACUUUUGCUAAUCCCUCCACCCAAGUCGUCUGCUUCUGCUCGGGUUCUUAUUUCAACCAUUGUUCAUGCAACUCGUGUCUGUGGUCCGUGGCUUGUAUGAAGGGGUUUAACAUGUUUAUAAUAGUUUGCUUCAAACUGCAGCUGUGCAUGGAUGGCUACUUGGGGCUUUCACUGCAGUGUGGAACUGCUGCAUGUGUUUGAUCACGGCAAAAAACACUCAGUCUAAAAGCAGAGUUGUAACAACCCCUGGGUUCUUCAUAUGGACUGUGCCAUUAUGAAUGUUCCUCGCAUCAGGAAGUGGCUUAUUGUAAUGAAUCAAACUAAAUGAAAUGGCUAUUAAUGACAUCCCCAGAGGAUUGGAAACACCCCUCCCCCCUCCUCUUUUUCCAGUGGUUUAGUUGAGGCAUUUCCCCCUUUAUGGGUGAGGUGGGUUUCUAUGCCUCAUGGUCCCAUUAAAACCAAUAGUGCUUAUAUGUUUGCUUUGAAUGAAGCUAUAAGCCUAUAAGAUUUCUGAGAAUUCUCAAAUGUUGGCUGUGAGAGAGUUGACAGUUUAAAAGGUUUUAAUGUGAUAUUGAGAGACUGACAUUUAUAGCUGGUAGAGAUCUGGCUGCUCUGUGUUAUUUAAACAAAAGUUGAUUUGUAAGAAUUUACACAAUGUGGACAUCUUAGACAGUUUGAAGAGAUUGUCUAGAAUUACCGAUGCAUAGCAAGUGAGUCCCCAGUGGUGGAAUAACAACAGACGCUAGACGGAUAUGAAGAGCAUUUAACAACCUGAGCCGUUUUUGUUCUGAAGAGAAUAUCUGUGUUCUCCCUGUGCAAGAUCAGUAACCAUGGUGCAAACCCAGGGCGACUCCAUGUAAUUACCCCGUACUAAUCUGUUUGUAAACAAAAGAAAAUGAAAAAUCCUUCUUUGUCCAAAUGUGAUUGCAUUUGCCUCGGAGACAGUCUGGAAAUAUUUAAGCAAGAGUAUUAAAAAUGAACUAUUAAAGUAAUUAAUAGUAAUUGUUGCUGUGGUCAUUUUAAUUGAGGUAGUCUGACUUACUAAUUUCUUUCCUAUGAUAUGCACAGUGCUGGAUCUCUAUUAUAUGGCAGCCUAAUGGAAUCAACUCAGCAACACAUCUUUCACAUUGUUCUGGUGUUUAUUUAAAGCUUGUUAUAAACAGCAACAAGAAAUGUGAGGUUAUUUUUGAAACAUGUACUUAAAAGUCAUUCUCAUGUUUUAAAAGUAUCAUUUCACUUACAUGUUUCCUAUCGUAUGUUUCACCGACUCAGCAAGAGUCUGAAUGGACAUAUAGAUUGUCUGUCCCAUAGCAACGUUCGCUAAAAUAGUGACCCUAUGGGAACCCACAGGUUUAUAUGUGGUAGUAGACCUUUGGCAUCAUUAGGGGUGUCACCUGGUGUUCGAAAUUUUAACAUUCUAAAGUGUAUGUUGGUGCAAUGACUUGUUUGAAUUCCAAUUAUACAGUCCAGAAGCAUAUCCGACUGUCUGAAGGGUUUGCAUAUUGAUCCAGCAGAGGAUGCUUACUAUCAGCUUGCCCAAUUGCAUGCCCUCUUGACCUAUCAGUAAAGAAAUUCUGUAAUGUUUUAUUGUUUUGCUACAAAAAAGGUGGCUUUCAAAUAUCUUCGAACUAAUUACGUGUCAAUGGUCUUUUGAAAAAGGGGAAAAAGCCCUUGUUCUUAUGAUAACAAUGGUUCACACAUGGUUAGGCUUAUAUAGCAGUCAUGGUUUGGGUUGAAAAGGAACUGAAGAAGCCUAUUGGAUGACAGGUGAAACGUCUUGUUUCUACAACCAAGUCCAGUUGCCCAUGAUUCAGUUUGAGCAGGAUGACUGAGAAUCUUCACAGACAUAAAAAUAAGUUAUUCCUAAUGGUUAGGGGACCAGGUUGGCAUGGUUACAGUAAUAAACACACAGUUAAGGUUAUGGAGAGGUCAAAGAAACUGUUGGUUUCAGACAGGAAACAAAGUGUGGUCUCUCUUGUGAUCGUCUUGUGCUUUAUGGAACCAUCCUUCCACCUCCUCUGAAUGAGGACUUUGAUGCUUGCUAUACUAUGGCACUUUAUUUCCUUCAAAAUUAUUAGAGCCUCUAGAGUUCACCUAAAAAUAAAAUGUAACUAUGGUCGUAAUGAGCUGUUUGCGCUGAUGACCAGACAGUCUUGCUCCUGAUUACACCAACGGAAGGCAUGCUCCUAGAGCACCAGUUGAAUACUUUUUGGCUGUUUCCUCUUCACAGCUUCCCCUAUCUGAUUUCAGGACAGCAAGAAAGGGAUUGAGGGAGAACACAAGCAAAGGAAUGAGGGAGGACUGGCUGAAUGGUAGAAAGGGAAGGGUGGGUUUCCGACCUCUCGUUCUGGGCUCUUUUCACUCAUUUCCUGGAAGAUGCGUGUAGGCAUACGAGCACAGACGACUUCUUUAUCUUUGCUACUCACCCAUAACUUAUCAUGCCCCCUAGAUAGCAGCCUCGUCCUCCUCUCCACUCCCCAUCCCUGCCCUUGGCCCCUUCCUUUACCAUCCUGGUCCAGCGCCACCACUGCCACGUGUGUCACCACAGCCAUCAUGCCCCCCAGGAAGAGGACGCGGCCGGGCCUGGGCUUCCUCUGCUGCUUCGGCAGCAGCGAGCCCCCAGAGAUCAACUUGAAGGACACUGUUCCCUUGCAGCUGCUGGAGUUCAGCGCCCCCAUGCCACUCGCCGAGGAGCUGCAUGCACGUUUCUCGGAAUUGGUGGAUGAGCUGGACCUGACGGAUAAGAACAGGGAGGCCAUGUUCGCUCUGCCUGAUGAGAAGAAAUGGCAAAUCUACUGCAGCAAGAAGAAGGAGCAAGAGGACCCCAACAAGCUGGCCACCAGCUGGCCCGACUACUACAUUGACCGCAUCAACUCCAUGGCUGCUAUGCAGACCCUGUUUGCUUUUGAUGAGGAGGAAAUGGAAAUGAGGAACAAGGUGGUGGAAGAUCUGAAGACAGCCCUUCGCACUCAGCCAAUGAGGUUUGUCACCCGCUUCAUCGAGCUGGAUGGCCUCACCUGCCUCCUCAACUUCCUGCGCAGCAUGGACUACGAGACGUCCGAGAGCCGCGUCCACACCUCUGUCAUUGGCUGCAUCAAGGCCCUGAUGAACAACUCGCAGGGCCGAGCUCACGUCCUGGCCCACCCGCAGAGCAUCAACACCAUCUCACAGAGCCUGCGGACGGAGAACAUCAAGACCAAAGUGGCGGUGCUGGAGAUUCUCGGGGCGGUGUGCCUGGUGCCCGAUGGACACAAGAAGGUGCUGCAGGCCAUGGCCCACUACCAGAAAUACGCUGCUGAGAGGACUCGGUUCCAGACUCUACUGAAUGAGCUGGACAAGAGCACAGGCCGCUACAGAGACGAGGUCAACCUGAAGACGGCCAUCAUGUCCUUCAUCAAUGCUGUGCUGAACGCUGGAGCUGGGGAGGACAACCUGGAGUUUCGCCUCCACCUAAGGUACGAGUUCCUGAUGUUGGGCAUCCAGCCGGUCAUCGACAAGCUCAGAGAACAUGAAAACGCCACUCUGGAUAGGCAUUUGGACUUCUUUGAGAUGGUGCGGAAUGAGGAUGACUCAGAGCUGGCCAAACGAUUUGAUAUGUCCCAUGUAGAUACCAAGAGUGCCGGUGCCAUGUUUGAGCUGAUCAAGAAGAAGCUGAGCCACUCCGACUCCUACCCCCACCUCAUCUCCAUCCUACAACACUGCCUGCAGAUGCCAUAUAAGCGCGGUGGUGGCAGCCUGCAGCACUGGCAGCUCUUAGACAGGAUCCUCCAGCAGAUUGUUCUACAGGACGAGAAGGGAGAGGAUCCGGACAUCUCUCCUCUGGACAACUUCAGUGUUAAGAACAUCAUUCGCCUGUUGGUCAAUGAGAAUGAGGUGAAACAGUGGCGAGACCAGGCAGAAAAGUUCAGGAAAGAUCAUGUAGAGCUGCUGGCUAAACUAGAGAAGAAGGAGCGGGAGUGCGAUACCAAGACCCAAGAAAAGGAUGAUAUGAUGAAGACUUUGAACAAGAUGAAGGACAAGCUACUGCGUGAGGGUGUGGAGCUGCGCUCAGCCAAGGAACAAGUCCAGGAUCUAUCGUCACGCAUCAAUGACAUAGCUGGUGGCUGCGUGUCUUUCCCGCCUCCUCCCCCUCCUGGCGGGCCCGUCCCACCCCCUCCACCACCUAUGACUGGCGGCUUCCCUCCGCCACCUCCUCCUCUACCGUUCAGCUGCCCGCCUCCUCCACCGCCUCCGCCGCCGCCCGGUGGCCCACCUCCUCCACCGGGAGCCCCUCCUCUUUUCGGAGCCCCGCCUCCUCCUCUUCUUUCGUCCUUCAACUCAGCGUCCACACUGCACUCCAAGUCCAUCCCUCAGCCUUCUCACCCGCUGAAGUCUUUCAACUGGUCCAAACUGGGAGAGAACCUGAUCAAUGGCACCAUCUGGAAUGACAUUGAUGACGUGAGAGCUUUCAAGAUUCUCGACCUCAAGGACAUAGAGAAGAUGUUUUCAGCCUAUCAGAGACAGCAGGACCUGCUCACUAACCAAUCCUUCAAACAGAAGGAGACGGGCUCUAUGGACGACAUAUACGUCAGCACGCGGAAGGUCAAGGAGCUGUCAGUCAUCGACGGGAGACGUGCACAGAAUUGUGUCAUCCUGCUUUCAAAGUUAAAAAUGAGCAAUGAAGAGAUUAAGAGGGCGAUCAUGGAGAUGGAUGAGAGAGAGGAGCUGGCCAAAGAUAUGCUGGAGCAGCUGCUGAAGUUUAUCCCUGAGAAAAGCGACAUCGACCUGCUGGAGGAGCACAAACAUGAGUUGGAGCGCAUGGCCCGGGCUGAUCGCUUCCUCUUUGAAAUGAGCAGAAUUGACCACUACCAGCAGAGACUGCAGGCUCUGUUCUUUAAGAAGAAGUUCGCAGAGCGUCUGGGUGAAACCAAGCCUAAAGUUGAAGCCAUCCUGAACGCAUCCAAGGAGGUGGUUCAGAGCAAGCGGCUGACUCAGAUCCUGGAGGUGGUGCUGGCCUUCGGCAACUUCAUGAACAAGGGCCAGAGAGGCAAUGCCUUCGGCUUCAAGGUCUCCAGCCUUAACAAGAUCGCAGACACAAAGUCCAGCAUAGACAGGAACAUCACCAUGUUGCACUACCUGAUCAUGAUCUUUGAGAAGAACUACCCGGACACGCUGCAGAUCCAGCAGGACCUCAGCAGCUUAUCAGAGGCGGCCAAAGUCAAUUUGUCUGAGUUGGAAAAAGAAGUGCACAAUAUUAAAAGUGGACUAAAGGCUCUGGAAGCGGAGCUGCUCUACCAGCAGAGCAGGACAAGGGAACGUGGGGAUAAGUUUGUGGCUGUGAUCGGUGACUUCAUCACGGUGGCGGGCUUCAGUUUCUCUGAACUGGAGGACCAGCUGAGUGAAGCUAAGGACAAGUUCUCCAAAUCUCUGAAGCACUUUGGGGAGGACGAAGGCAGGAUGCAGCCUGAUGAGUUCUUCGGGAUCUUCGACACUUUCCUACAGUCAUUUGGCGAAGCACGGCAAGACCUGGAGAACAUGCAGCGGCGCAAGGACGAGGAGGAGCGGCGGGCACGGAUGGAGGCCAUGCUCAAAGAGCAGAGGGAGCGGGAGCGACGGGCUAAGAAGUCCGGAGCCUCAGAAGAGGUCGGCGGCGAGUUCGAUGACCUGGUCUCGGCCCUGCGUUCAGGCGAGGUCUUCGACAAGGACCUGAACAAGUUCAAGCGCAACCGCAAGCGCUCCGUGAACCAGCUGGUGGAGGGAGGUGGCCGUGAGCGAGCCGUCACCAAGGUCAACUACUAGGCUGGGAAAAAGAAGGGGACAAAAAAAAACACUAGACACCUAAAUUCUGCCGUGGCGUAGAUCUGUUAGCACCUUUUAGUCCAGGUCCUCUGAACAGUGACUCUGGAGAGGAUGUAAAUAAUGGCUGGACUGGACGUGUAUGGAUGGCCACGCCAUUGAUUGAAGGAUCUCCUCUGAUUGGUUAGUCCUGGAAGUUGUGUGAUCUCCUGAGCUGGGCGAAGGACAAUGGACAUGGAUGGAAUGGACGGACAGACCACUGUGACACAUUAUCCCCUGUCUUAUGACCAUAUCCUUUAACACUGUGUCUUUCACUCCACUUCUCCUUUUCUUUUCCCUUUGCAAACCCUGCAGUGUUCCUCAGUAAGAUCUUUGGAGCUGGACCUGCCCCGUCUUUUUGCUACCUGUCUCUUAAACAUUGGGAUCCGCUAGUCACACUGUACAUAGACACGAGACAAAGAGAAAAGGACUAGGAGGAAACUCGAGUCAGAAAGAAAGAGAGAACAAGAAGGUGGAAGAAAGAGGGAAUAAACCUCCACAGUCAUGGCUGCUUCAAGUGUUUCCCCCGGAAAAGAGAGUUUUUGCCACAGAAUGGAUUUUCAUGGACUUCAUUUUCUACAAAGAAGGACAUGGAGGUCUCCAAAGGCCAGAAUGCUUCGUAGGCUUCUGAAAGAGUGGAGAAUGGACACGAGUUGUUGAGGUGAUGGCUCUAAAACAGAGGAUUCAACCCAGCACACAGCAUUCCCAGGCAGGAUGUGCUGCACAAAUCAUCCCCAGGUUGCCACUUCAGAGGAGGCGACUCUUCGUCGCUUCAUCCACCCGAAGAAAAAUACAAAUCAUGACUGUGCCACGAGGGUCGAGUCUCGCCCAACACUCUUCAGUGAUUCAACGUUUGUUCUGGCAUGAUGCAGUGCCAAAGCAAAGAGAAAAAACACGUGUAAAUGUAUUAAUACGAAAACAUACUGCAAUUAGACCUUGAUAUAUAUAUUUAUAUUUAGAUGCAGACAAGCUAAUUGCAAAGAUGUAGAGGUUUUUUAUGUUUUUCAUGGCAUUUUCUGGGGUUUUGUACACACGAUGCAUUAUUUGUUGGUGUUGCAAGUUCACAUUGCUGUUGAAGUGAAUUUCUAUACAUUUUGCGCUUUAUGUAAAAAAACAGAAAGAUAAUCGCUCGUCCUUUUCACACUCGUACGUCUUGUUUGCACUGUAGCUUUUCCACAUGCCGACCCACCGUGUCCCCUCUGUACUUAAAUUAUCCACAACAAAGUUUAUGAAGGAACGCCAUCAUUUAGUCUCACGGGAUCAAUCUGCAGUGAGAUCACAAUGCUCUCUGCCUGCUGCGCUGUCUGAUUCACAUCGGACUGUGUGUACACAGCGGUUCUCAUGUACAGUGUGUGGGAUCUGUUUCACUGGUGCUAAAACAUGUGGUCUCUGCACAGAGCCACGAGUCCAGUUCAGGAUUUUCACCCUCACUUUUAAGGAGUGCAUGAUCGCUCAGUCAUCCUCACACAGUAUCUGUGUUGUAUUUGAGUUGACGUUGUGAUAUCGGACCGCCCCGCGUAUUCAGUCUGUUACUGCAAAGUCAGGGAUCAACGAAAGCACUGACAUUCUUCAUUGAGGCUUGUUGCAGUGUUCAGGGUUCUUUCGGCCUCAGAGAACAUCACAGGAAACAUCUGUCCUUCCAGCUUCUCUCACUUGUUUGUUUACAUCUGGUGAGACGCUCUUUCUAUAUGUUCAUUUCUACAACAACCGAGGAAAAGCCUCACAUGCUACUUCCAACUUUAUAUAUAUAUAUAUACAGCAGUAAGACUUUAGCAGUAGGCAUGAAGGAGGCUGGAAUGUAUGUGGUUACCUCAGUAAAGUAUUGAAAUGGACAUAAGAGUAUCAUGCUGCAGAGAAGGGCUGGAAGCUUCCCCACAGAGCGGCGUCUGAACCGCGGGGCGAGCGCACUGCUGUGGCUCGGACGUCUUCCUGCUCCCGGUGCUUAGGAGGAUAAGUGAGCUGAUGGGCUCAGACUGCAUUAAGGGACAUGGAAUGAAAGGAAGGAUCCGUUUAAAACCAGAAACACACACCACGUAUGAACCUACAUCUCGAUGUAAGCAGUUAAGAGGUUUUAAGUUCAAGUGAAACAUAGUGAUUGUCACCUAUUUUAAUUUUGGAUGAACUAUUUUAGUCGUUUCAUCCUCAUGCUGACAUGUUUGUUUAAUGUAGUCCAGUAUAGGGCUAAACACCAGAUGUUCAAGAGUCUCCUCUGGUGUCCCUGUCAUACGUGUGUUCUAAUAAUCUAUAACACGUUUAAAUCCUCAUGUUUCUUUAUGUUUUGGCUUGUCACCGUUUGUCAUAUAGAUUCAUCUAAAAUGACUAGGAUUUGCAGAACAAUCCCUGGUUCGGUUUAUUUGAAUAAUAAAAAUUGAUUUUAAUCUUGUAGGUUUGAAAAAUUACAGUAAAAACAGUAAAACCCACUAACCACCAUCUCAAAAUAGACAUUUUUCCCACUGCACUUCAUCCAACAAUCACAUUUUGCAUUUUCAGAAGCGUUACAAGACACAAGAACAAGAGAUUUCCAAAGAAAUGCAGUUGUUUUUUUCAUUUGUAGCAUUUCUGAAUGAACUGACAGACUUCAUCCUUAUCACCCAUUUUCCUUAUGUAUUUAUAUGUAUCUCUCAUAAUGACUUUCCCAGUUAUUUUCUGUUCUUUGUCAUGUUUUCACCUUUAAGUGCCUCUGACGCUGUUUUCACAUGUUCCAUUCCCGCUCUUGUUUUAGUGCUAGUGGCUUUUAAAAAAAACAUUCAUGAACUGGCGCCAUCUUGUGGCUUCCACAGAGUGCGACACUUGACCCCGGCUCUAGGAAACUAAAACUCCCAAAUAACCCAUGUGCUGUUCUUCAGUGUGGCUGCCAUUUCAUCCAUUACCUGUUCAGAGAAAACCCAACUCACUGCACUUAAGCUUUAGCUGAGUCAUGUCCCAGAGAUGCAGCAUCAGGAGUUAACUCCCAUCACGAGUUUAUUCUUCAGAUUUGAGUCAAACUGCAGCAGAGAGAAGCUGAUGUGAGGCUGUGAAGAUGAUGUGAGACACUGCGAAGAGGAUCUUUGAGCCGCCGGGUCCCCCACACACUUCAGAGAUUAACCAGGAAACCAAAAAGACUGAAACUCUCCGACACUUUAAAAAGAAAUCAGAAAAGCCCCUGUAGGGUCCGAAGGGGGGAAAUGUGGUAUGAAUGCUUAUUCUUUAACCAGCAUCUCAUGUAUAUUUGAGCUCUUCUAUUUUCUAACCUCUGCUCCUUUUUCUUUUUUCGAGUUAAUCAGAGUUCGUAUACCAGGCCCUUUAAACUCCCUAAUCCAGAGCUUUAACCCAUAUCCUAGUGCAGACUAUUUACUGAGGGGUAUCGCAACAUUGUCAGUAUUAUUUCAUGUUUGUGUUGUUACAUGUUUGGAUGUUUUAUUUGGCCAUUGACUGGCUGAUUAUUGUUUUUGUUUUUUUGGAGUGUAAAGAUGGAAAUCAGAGGAAUGAAAUUAGUAGCUUGUUCAAUGCACUUUUUUAUUAUGGGACAUUUCCAUUUGCAGCGCCGUGUUGAGGGCUGAGACUCCUCGGAAAGAAUGAAGGGUGCAACUGAAGAGCGGGGCUAGAAAAAACGGAAAAGGGCACGUGAGGUGUAGGGGACCCCGGCUGGGCCGCUGGAAACACAUCAGUAGUCUGUAGGAUUUGUGGGAAGAGGUGACACUCCUACGUUAAGUUUAAAAUCCUCACCUGUCUGUCACCCACUUUGUAGAAUAAAAAGAAAAUGGCGGGGUGGGCGUUGGUCUCUGUCACCUCCACAUUUCUGUCCAAUCCGACACUUGGCAUUGACCUGCAUGCCUGAGAAAACGUGAUUGUGAUGUGUUGACUUUGAUCGAGGAUUGCCUACGACAUGGAACGCACCCGUUACACAAUCUGUUCUGCCUGAGAAAAAAGUUGCACCCACUUUUUAGAGGUUGUAUAAUUGUGAGGAGUCAGUAUUUUUAUGGUUGGGAAAAUAUCCUCCACAGAAAGAUGUACAGUUGGAAAAAAACAUUUUGUACACCAUGCUUGAUGUUUGAGAUACGAUUGAUUAAAAAAAAAUACAAAAAAAAGAUAUUAAAACGUUGAGGAAUGUUCCAUUUUCCUGUAUAUUGUACCUCUAUUUAUUUGCCUUAUUUAGUUUGCUAUAUUUUGUAUGUACACACAGCAUUACAGCAAAAUGUUAUAUUAAAAAUAUGAAUAUGAAUAAUUAAACUGUGGUCCGUGUAUGAUGGAUAGUUUUGAGACUUGUAUAAGAAUGAGAAUCUUAUUUUUUUUUUUCAUUUCCAUAAUUUUAUUUUUGUUUUGUAUUUUUUUCUCACCCUGUGUCUUUUUGUAGGGUUACAAUAAAGUUUUGUCCCUUA